AUGGCGGCCUCGCGAUCGUUGUCAGUGUCGCACAUUGUCGUCCAGUCGCCAGUGAUCGCAGCACCAGUGCCAUCUCGUCGUUUUCCUACACCGUUCAAUGCGAAACCGACUGGAUUGGACUUUCUCGUUCCGCAACCUCUCAAACGCACCAAACUCCCCCUCCCCUCCACCCAUUCUCUCCCUCUCUCCCCCCUUCUCCCCUCCCCCCCACCCGCUUUACCCUCCGAACCUACUUCUCCCCGCCGCUCCCCUCUCUUUCCCCCCACCGUUCUUCCUCCGCAACCCCCCUGCUUCCCUCCCGCUUUUCUCCGCUCUCUUCAGGCCUUAAGGAAACGCCAAGUGGAGAGUUUCAACCAGCAGGAGGAAGUUGCGAGGCAGCUUCGGAUCCAGGCAGAGCGGGACGAGGUGGCAAGGAUCGGGUGGAAGCGGGCGGCAAAGAAGUUUCUGGGAAGGCUCCGCGGCAGCCAGUGGGACCCCCUGCCCGGUGCUGACAUGGACUUUGCGGAUUUCUGGGCGCUGCUGCAGAUGGGGAGGGUGAAAUUCGUCAACUAUGGCGAUAACGGCCGAUUUGUGGAAGUGAUUCUCCCCCAUCCCGCCAAGGACCUGGGGCUGGAGGUGAAGCGGGGAGAGGGGGCGAGGAAGAAGGGGAAUCAGGCAGCGAGGCAAGCAGCGCCAAAGGCAGCAGAAGGAGCAGCAGCAGGGGAAGCGGGAGAGGUGGCGGGUGAAGAGGCAGAGGCUGUGGGGCACAUGGGUCUCCCAGACCAGGUGGUGUGGUUGAAGCACAGGGUGGAAGAGGGGGGGGGGCGAGUGAGGGAAAGAGGGAGUGACUGGCUGUAUGUGGGGCUGGAGAGGGUGCUGUUUCCGCUGUACCAGCCGACUAAGCUGGAGGAGCGGCUGAGAAGCAGCCACAGGAAGCUGAGGGAGGCACGGUAUAUCUCAGCAGAAGAAAAGACCGGAAUCACGUUUGACGAUUUUGCCGGGCAGGAUUACGUGAAGCGAGAGCUGCAGGAGGUGGUGCGGAUCCUUCGGGCAGCCAAAGAAUUCGAGGACCUGGGUGUGUACUGCCCGAAGGGCGUGCUUCUGUUCGGCCCGCCCGGAACCGGAAAAACUUUGCUGGCGAAGGCGAUUGCUGGGGAGGCUGGGGUGCCGUUCUUUUCGGUUUCUGGUGCUGAAUUUGUGGAGAUGUUUGCAGGAGUGGCAGCGUCGAGAGUGAAAGACCUGUUUUUCAGAGCGCGCCAGUUCGCCCCGGCCAUCAUCUUCAUUGAUGAGAUCGAUGCGAUCGGGUCCAAGAGAGGCACGGCCAGCGACCAGGGAGGGGGCAACAUCGAGCGGGAGCAGGGGCUGAUUCAGAUUCUCACAGAGCUGGAUGGCUUUCAAGAGAACCAGGCCAAGGUGCUGGUCAUCGGCGCCACCAACCGUCUAGACAUGCUCGACCCUGCGUUGCUGCGCAAGGGGCGGUUUGACAAGGUGGUGCGCGUGGGUCUGCCAACCGAGGAGGGGCGGUUCUCCGUGCUCAAGGUGCAUGCGCGCAACAAGGCGUUCAAGUCGGAAGAGGAGAAGCUGAAGCUCCUGAGGGAGAUAGCCGCUGCUACACCCGACUACAGUGGAGCGGAGCUUAUGAACAUCCUCAAUGAAGCGGCUAUUCUAGCCAUCCGCAAGGAUAAGGAUGAGAUUGAAAGGGAGGAGCUGCUUCAAGCCAUUGACCGGCAAGCUGGCGAGUUCAAAACAGGCGAGGAGGACGUGUUAGACAGCCGGGAGGUGCGCAUGCGGGCGGCUUAUCGUGAGGCCUCCAUUGCUGUGUUGGAGUGCGCCCUGCCGGACAGAUCAGGCCCGAUCAAGAGGACGUCUCUUGACAACGUUGAUCCUCUCCCCAACCUGGAGCAUGAGAGGGUGCGCCACCGCUGCUUCGCUGUCAAGCAGGACAUGCUCGAUGCCAUCGUACGCGCCUUCGCACCCGCUAUAAUGGAGCGCAUGGUGUUUGGGGCGGCGAAUGUGAGCUGGCAGGCGGGGGUGGCCUAUAGGGAAGCGGUUCAACUGGCAGACUAUGUCAUCCUGAGGAGCGGCAUGAGCGCGCUGGGGAAGGUGGUUUACGAGACACAGAAGGACCUUAUGCCGCAUCUCAUUCCCAAGGUCAUCGCUCUAAGGGAAGAGUACAUGCGCUACUCCAAGGCGAAAUGCGAGGCUGUUCUUAAAGAGUACAGAUCAGCUGUGGACACCAUUGCAGAGCGUCUGUUGGAGGAGGGCGAGGUGACAGGAGACGCCAUUCUCAGGAUCUAUGAUGCUGCUCCCAAGUUUCCCCAGCCCCUAGUGCGACCUAUCGAUGAGUAUGCAGUGUUGGUCCACCAGGGCAGGUGGGGCAUUCACGGCGCCUCCCUCCCCGGGCGAGUCACCUUCCACCCGGGCAACUCCGGCUACGCCACCUUUGGGGCGCCGCGGCCGCAGCAGGUGCAGGCGGUGAGCGACGAGACAUGGAAGGUGGUGGAGGGGAUGUGGAGGGAGCGGAUUGCGGAGCUGCGGCAGAUGGAUGAGGAGGACGAGGAGGAGCGGGAGCAGCAGCUGCUGCUGCUAGACCUUGUGCUGUAG